GGUGGCACCUCCCAGAGUCAGAGCGGGAGUAACGGGACUUUGGGACGCAGGAGCCCCCGAGUCGAGCCGUCAGUCUGGAGGGACAAGUUGCCCCUCAGCGCUGAGCCCUGAGCACCCCAAGCUGUAGAGAGACCGCAACUCGAAACUAGGAUCGUCGGAUCCCGGAGCGGGGGAGCCCAGUGGAGCCGGGGAGGGAUAGAGGGACCAUGCCAUACCUGCUCAUUAGUACGCAAAUCCGUAUGGAGGUGGGUCCCACAAUGGUGGGAGACGAGUUCUCUGACGAGGAGCUGAUGGGGUACUUGGGGGCCACUAAGAGGAAUGUGCUGGGAAACCUCUUUUGGGAAUACUAUGUCAACGACCCACCCCGAAUCGUUCUGGAUAAACUGGAGGCCCGGGGCUAUCGUGUGCUCCGCUGCCACCAGGAAGUCACCUCUGAAACCCUCUGUAGCAAAAUGAGGGAGAAGCAUCCUCCUUCAAAGAAUGCUGACAGAACCUGUCUUGGCAGCGGGAUUAGUGAAAAACUCAAGCUAGGACCUCACUGGGCAGGAUGUUAGGUUGAAGACAAGGCCAGGAAAUAUCCUUGUCAAGAGAAAGAUUCCUUCAACUGUCCUCCCGCCCCUCUCAAUUUGGAAAUUCACCGUGUGCAUGAACUGAGCUCAUCUCCAGCCAAAGCUGGCGCCUUUUCUUGGCACUGUUCCGCCUGCUAACACACCUUUUGGCUUCCUUCCCACCAUCCAUGUCUGUGGGCCUAGGUUAAUGAAUGCCUGUCAUCAGGUUAUGGGGGGGGUGAGUCACCUGCACUAGUAACCAGUCUCUCCUCCUCUGACAAUCAGGCCACACUUUUGCUUCUCAACUUUACCUUCCACCUUCCUUGUACUCCUUCACCCUGCAGGGGACCCAGAAGCCAGGCCAUCCCUACAAUAAGCCACUGGUUGACAGUGAGAAAGGAAACAACACAGUGAUGUAGGAAGCAGGACUGCCUCAGGACUCAGCUGCUGGGAGGCCCCCAGAGGAAUUUCCAACUCCCUACUACUGGCCCUGGGCGUUGGCAAGAGCGGCUGCCCAAUCCCUGCACUCGGAUGCUGCAAUUACCCAAAAGCAUGAAACCCAGCUUCCUACGUGACUGAGUCAGCUGAAGACAAAAACACAUCGAGGCUGCCACACACCAGCCCAAGCAGCCAAACCACUAAUCAGAAGCUGGGAGGCACCAGCCUCAGAGAGGGAGCAGCCCCACACCUGCCAGCUGGGAAAAGAGGCCAGAACAGACGGAGCGGGGACCCAACUUAGUGCAUCUCAAGCCAAGGCCUGCCUGCAUUGGGGGCACGCGAGGCUGUUCCUGUCCAUCCCAGGAAGUUCUGCGUUUGAUCCACCAGCACGCCCCUCGGCCUCUCACUCCAGUAAGUGCUUCUUCUCCUCUGGGUCUUUUCCCCUGGGAUCUUGAGGACCCAAGCAGAUCCCUGCCCAGGGCUUCCAGUUCUGCCUUCUCAGUGGGAAAUCUUCCCACAACUUGUCUGCUAUCAAGUGCACUGGCAGGGGCCUUGGCCUGGACAGACCCACAGGGGCUGCAAGCAAGAGACCCAGGUGGCCUCUGCCUACAGCCCCAGGUUGCUCCCCACGUCUCCCUAGUGGGGAUCAGCUAC